AUGAAAGAGGUUCCAUUGUUAAUUGUGAAUGUUGCAAUUUUGGGUACUGAUAUGUUCAUGGAGAAAGCUUCUAUUUGGACUGCCGGGUCUUCGACACUCCUCGGUAGUUCUCAACGCCGUCAUGAAGUCAAAGCACCAACCUUUAAUUGGAACUUAAAGUCAUUUGGCCAAUGCAGAUGGACGAAUAAUUACUUUUUAGUCAGUCUGAUGACAUGA